CGGGAACCCGUCGCCGCGGCCGCUUUGGCUGCCGCCGUCGGUUGUCACGAUGGACUCUCCGUGGGAUGAGCUGACCCUUGCCUUUUCUCGUACUUCUAUGUUCCCCUUUUUUGACAUCGCUCACUACCUCGUGUCGGUGAUGGCGCUGAAGCAUCAGCCUGGAGCAGCAGCAAUGGCAUGGAAGAAUCCUCUCUCCAGCUGGUUUACUGCUAUGCUCCACUGCUUUGGGGGAGGAAUUUUAUCUUGUAUACUGCUUGCAGAGCCUCCACUGAGGUUUCUUGCAAACAACACAAAUAUAUUGCUGGCAUCUUCAAUUUGGUAUAUUACAUUUUUUUGCCCUUAUGACCUAGUUUCCCAGGGCUACUCAUUCCUACCUGUUCAACUUUUGGCUGCGGGAAUGAAGGAAGUGACCAGAACUUGGAAAAUAGUAGGUGGAGUCACUCAUGCUAAUAGCUAUUACAAAAAUGGCUGGAUAGUCAUGAUAGCUAUUGGAUGGGCCCGAGGUGCAGGUGGUAGCAUUAUCACGAAUUUUGAGCUGUUGGUAAAAGGAGGUUGGAAACCAGAAGCUGAUGAAUGGCUGAAGAUGUCCUACCCUGCCAAGGUAACCCUGUUGGGGUCUGUUAUCUUCACAUUCCAGCAAACCAAGCAUCUGGCAAUAUCAAGGCAUAAUCUUAUGUUUCUCUAUACCAUGUUUCUUGUGGCCACAAAGAUAACCAUGAUGAUUACAGAGUCUGCUGUUAUGCCUUUUGCUCCUUUUGAGGAUACGUUGAGUCGGAUGCUGUUUGGCUGGCAGCAGCAGUUUUCAUCAUGUGAAAAGAAAAGUGAAACAAAAUCUUUCAAUGGUACUGGUUCAUCGACUUCAAAACCUAUACCUAAUGCUUCAGAUAAAGUUAAAAAGAAGCAUACUAAGAAGACUGAGUAAAUUUACUUGAUGACCUUUUAGAAGGCAAAAAAAAAAUUUUUUUUCUUAUCUACCUUGACAGAUUGUGAUAAGUAUUUCUAUGUAAAUGAUGUAAAAUAAAGAUUAUAUAUAAGGAAUGGAGGUGACAAAAAGAAAGAACUUCUUUCUGUUUCAGGGAGACUGUCCCUUUCUGGAUUGUAAUUUCUUAAGUGUUUAGAGUAUAUCAUGUGAAAUUGUUUUUCUAUGUUAUAUAUAAAAGAUCUUAUUGUGAUUUUUAAAAUAGUUUUAUAUUGAUAAAACAAGGCUAGAUAUUUUUAAAUGCCAAAAAGUAAACCUAUUGUCAUUGCAAAAUAGCAAAAAUUAAAAUCUUAUUGUUUAAUCUAGAUAUUUUCAUACAUAUUUUUUAUUUGAAUCU